AACAAAACUACAACUGCUACUUGCUAAUCUAUUCUCUGAGUAAAGUUUUAUUCUUAAUUUAGGUUACCUGUAAGAGAUGGCUUUUAGUCAUGAGGUUGCAAUGGUUUUACAUACAUGUGAACUUGCCGUGUUCAAAUCGCAGACGAAGUCAUCCGGCUGGAAUUUAAAGUCUGACUGUUAAAAAUGGUCUUACUACUAGAGUAACUACACAAAAGAUUAAGCGCUAAACUUGAGCGGCGCCGGUCAUUUCGGUCAAAUAAUUUACCUUAUUUGUGGUGACCUCUACGAUAGCAGCAUUUUAGUCGCAAAUGUUGCAACAUUGUAUGAAUCUAUAUGGUGAUAUACCUUACAUUUGCAUCAUCCGAGCGCGUCAUACAAAAAUGUGUCCAAUGCGUCUUCAAUGUGAAAAACAAAACGGAUAGAGCAUAAGAAUUAUGCAACAGAUAUUGAAAACAUGCAAACGUUCGUCCAAUCCCAAAUAUAACUAACUCAUGUCAAUGAACUCUUUAUUUCAAGCGAACUGAUAAAUUGUUGUUAUUUUUUAACGCUUAGCUGUUAUUAUCUCUGGAUGAUGGUCAUUCGCAUCUGGCGUCAGAUUUUACGCUCGUGUUAAUGUAUAUUGGAUAAAAAAAUGAUAUUCAGUGUCAGUAAAAAUGCAACAAGUAGUUCUUUGCCUUAUUGUGAUAUUGGGAUUAGUUCGUAGUGUGAGAAUUAACUUCACAACUUGUCAAUCGCAAGAGUGGAGUUGUAAUAAGAAUAUUCCUAGCGAAAUCGUGUAUGACUGUUCUCAGGUGACCACCAAUGAAUUCAUAAUACAUCUGAAAGAUUAUUACACGGACUAUAUUACAAGUUUGACUCUUCAAAAUUGCCGAAACCUCCGAGUUGUGUUAGACUGUCCUUUGCUGCAAAGGGCAUCCCAGUUACGAAGGUUUGAAAUAAAGAAUUGUGACAGAGUAGAAUUUAUUUCUUUAUCACCUAGUUCUUUGCUUCAAACACCGCCUGAAGUUACCAUAGAAAAUGUAAGAGAAAUAGUAUCCUUUCCAAGUCACAUGUUCAAAUCUCCGGCAACGCCCACAGCGCAGAAAUGCCUCGGAUCAAUAUCAAUGAAAAAAAUAAGAGUUGUCAAUAGUAAAAUAAAUACUAUUAAAACCAAAGCACUCUACAAUGUGACCGGAAUAAAAAGCAUUGAAUUGGAGAACGUAACAAUAUAUGCCAUCGAAAACAACGCUGUAGAAGCUUUAAUGGAAAACGAUAAUUCAUUGUUUGCAAUUCUUAAUAGCAAAAUUGAAAAUGUUGGUUUCAAAGGAUUGACAGUACGCAGCAAAUCUGUUUCUAUGAUUAAUAAUAAUUUUGGUAACAUCAUCUCAAAUGUACUGAACAUAACGUCAGAAUACCUACGUAUAGUAGAAAACACAUUCAGUGACAUAAAGGGUCUUAUUUUAAAAUCUGUUAAUAUUGACAUGAGCCACAACGUUAUACAUACACUCAAAGAAAACGCCCUCACUAAUGUAAAAUGCAUAAGAAAAAGAUCAAAGACAAGACACUUUAGUUUUACUGGAAAUAUAAUUCAUGUGAUCGAACCAUAUUCUCUUACAUUUGAUUACAAUAGUUGCAAAUCAUUCGGUGGUUCUGUUGUUAUUAAAGAAAAUAAAAUUGAUUGCAAAUGUAGUAACCUAGCCUUCUUGCAAGCAGCUGGUACUAAUAAAGAAUUUAGCAAAAUUGUUUUAGAUGUAACAUCAAACAAUACUUGUCUCAACGUUCCAUGUUUACUUCCCGUAGACGUGAUGAAGUUAUUAAUUGAGAGUAACAUGUGCGAUCUCAACUUGGACACUCAAGUAAUGUGUUUGUUAUACAAUGAUAGACAUUCUACGAACGAAGUUACUACAGAUGAAGAUGUAACUUUACCAACUCCUACUUUCUACCUCAUACGAACGGCUAAUUCUCAACCCGGUGACGCAAGUGCAGCAAUGACAGCUAUUAAUAAAGACGAUCUGCUAAAAGAUAGUAAUUUAAAUAUGACUAAUCGCACAACCGUUAAAAUAGUGUUCGAUUCAUCUCGAGACUUCGUUGAAACUUUACGAAGUACAAGGAAUAACCGGCGUAACGAAAAUAAGAGUACGCCCAAAGAAGAUUUAGUACCUAAGUGUACAGACGAUCACUGCAAAAAUACGUUUCAGUAUGACAGACAGAAAGCACUAGACUUCUACAAGUAUGUUUAUGCUCAGUUACGGCCACCAUUACAGAGCAAUAAUAAAAAGAAAACCUAGUUUUAGAUUGGUAAAAUAAAUAUUUUUGUCCAAAAUUCAUCGUAAUUUUAUUAAGUCAAACACAUCCGUUCCUAUCCCAACUUUAUGUUUAUAUUAUAAUUGAUUACUUCAUACGUGAGU